GGGGUCCAGAGACGUGAAUGCGAGGGAGACGAUCACAACUGCAUGAAGAUAGAUCCAAAUUUCCCUGCAGAAUUUUCCCUUCUCUCUCAAACUUAGCAAUGGCUACAAGCAGGUGGCUGCUUCUCGCUGUCCUGGGGUGUGUCGGGGCGGAGUCACCCCCCAUGUUUGGGGAGAUCACGUCUCCCAAUUACCCCCAAGGUUACCCCGAUAACGCCAAGGAAUCCUGGGAUGUGCGGGUGCCGGAGGGCUACGGAAUCCGACUGUACUUCAUUCACCUGGACAUCGAGCCCUCCGAUGGGUGCGAGUACGACGCCCUGAAGGUAGUAAUCGGAGAUGCCGUGGAGGACGCCAUAUGUGGACGAAACGUGGGGGGGGCCCCCGGACACCCCAUAAAAGAAAGAUACUACCCCUCCAACACACUACAACUGCUCUUCACAUCUGACUUCUCCAACCAGGAGCGCUACACGGGAUUCUCUGCCUACUACGUGGCAGUGGACGUGGACGAGUGUGAAGACGGCGCCAUUAAUCCCUGCUCACAUUUCUGCAACAACUACAUCGGAGGUUACUUCUGCUCCUGCCCACCCGAGUACGACCUGCAUGAGGACCAGCACACCUGUGGAGUGAACUGUAGCGGGGGCCGGUAUACAGAACUACGAGGCCAGAUUAGCAGCCCUGGAUACCCCUCGCCGUACCCCGAGAACUCUCUCUGCGAAUAUAAAGUGCUGCUGGAGCCCGGCUACCAGGUCAUCCUCACCUUUCAGCCAACGGAUUUCGAUAUUGAGGAGGCAGAUGAUGGGAGUUGUUCUUAUGACAGUUUGAUGAUAAAAGCCAAAGGGCGCAAGUUCGGUCCUUUCUGUGGGAAAAGCCCCCCUCCCCCCAUUGAGACGGGGAGCUAUGAAGUGGAUGUCCUUUUCCAAACAGACAGCGGCGGAGACAACAAAGGCUGGAAAUUGCGCUACUCAGAAGACGCUAUUCCUUGCCCCAAUCAGGUAACAGAGAAUUCUAUCCUGGAUCCUCAGAACGCCAAAUAUAUAUUUAAAGACAUGGUGACUGUCAGGUGCGAGGAAGGAUUCGAGAUUGUGGCCGGAGAUAAAAAAACGCUGUCGUUCCUGGCCAAAUGCCAAGCAGAUGGAACCUGGAGCAACGCCCACCUGCAAUGCCAGCCUGUGGACUGCGGAAAUCCUAAAGAAGCCGAUUUUGCGGAAAUGAAGUUUGAAUCGACCACUUACCAAUCCGAAGCCAAAUACAACUGCAAGUCGGAUUAUUAUUCCCUCCUCGGUGAAGAGACCUAUCACUGCUCUUUGGAUGGGGUCUGGGUGAACAGCAAAGGACAAACUGACCCCCCCACCUGCAAACCAGUCUGUGGCAGAACCACCUUGCAGCAUCAAUCCCGAAUAUAUGGCGGCUCCCCAGCAGAGAACGGGUACUUCCCUUGGGUCAUCCAUUUCCCAUCAGGAGACAUCGGAGGAGGAUCGCUCAUAUCCGAUCAGUGGGUCCUCACAGCUGCUCACGUGGUCCAAGACCACAACCUACCCCGGAUACUCGCCGGUGAUGUCAUGCACCGGAAAGGGGUGGAGCUGGUGGCCAAGAAGGUCAUUAUCCACCCCAGCUGGAUCCGAGGAAAUAACGAGGCGCGACGCAAUUACGACAAUGACAUCGCCCUCGUCCAGCUGAGUCAAAGGAUCGAAAUGGGUCCCUGUAUAUGUCCGGUAUGUCUGCCGGAAAAUAUGACGGCCUCCUCCCCAGAUAUAGAUGAAGUCGGGUAUGUGGCCGGCUGGGGAAAGCCCAACGAUGAUUUCAGGAGACUGAAAACUGCCACCCUCCAGUACGCUCCCGUUUCUGUCCGCAAAACCGAAGACUGCAAGAAUUCGGUGGUCACCGACCAAGUCUUUACCGAAAACAUGAUCUGCGCGGGCGGAGGCGGUAAGGACAGCUGUCAGGGUGACAGCGGCGGUCCGCUCAUGUUCCGGUACGUGUCGGAAGAAGUGGAGGACGAGAGGUUGUAUCUUGGCGGGAUUGUCUCCUGGGGACUGGAAUGUGGCAAAUUCGGAAUGUACAGCAGAGUGAGGAAUUAUCUGGAGUGGAUCAAAGAGACCAUAAAGGAGACCGAAAGGGAAGACGCCGGCGAGCAGAAGACCAAACCACUGAAGAUUUGUAAAUAGAAUAGUGCGGGGCACAGGAAGUGACAUAAUUUCCUGUCUAAAUGAUGACUAUGAAAACUGGCUAUGUCAGCACAAAACCCCCAAAAUAUCAUCACAAUAAAAAUCAAUAUAUAAAUAUUUGA